AUGGGUUUCGUUUUCCCUGUCUGUUACCCAGAUCAUCUUCUUCCAAGAUCACUCUUGCACGCACUUUCUCUUAUUGUUUACAUUCGCUAUUUCAUUUCCACUCUCUUCCUCUGUUUGGGUCUCCCAGAUUUCCUCCAACCCGGCAUUGACACUCCCGUAACCCACCACCACGACUCUUCCAUCUCCGCCUUAUCGUUUCCCACGCACUGCCGCGUCCCCGUAUCCCAUCUCCUCAUCAGUGAAUUCCUACCCGUUGUCAAGUUCUCUGACCUCGUCCAUCCCCCAGACAGCUGCGCCGUUUGUUUGUACGAUUUCGAAAGGCGAUAUGAAAUUGAUAUUAUAUGA